GCUUAUAGUGUAAUAUUUUUGUUUUUUUUUUACGGUUCCAAUUUUUUGAGGAAACUAAGCAUGUGACCCAUCUUAGACAGAACAAAAACCUCAGAAUGAGCUUCAACAGCAGAAUAAGGAAGUUGGAAAGUAUUGAAACGUGGAGCAGAAUUGUGGGAAAGCCGAAAAGAUGGUUUAAUAAAUUUCAUAACAUCGUGUGAAUUUCUUAGGCAACUUUUCUGUAUGACAAUGAUUGCACGAAAGUUAUGUAGUUACUGGCAAACGAUCUCUCUGAGGUAUCUCACCUGUACAACCGGUUAGACUGCUCUAUUACCAUCAGUGGUCAUGUGCUAAGAAGGUGUAGCCGGGCUUUAUUGUUAACUGACCCUGAAAGAGAUCAUAGCUUGCACUUUGUUCGGUUUGGACCAGUGCGGGAAUUUCCGAUGAUGGCCACCUGCAGCUCACACAUGAGGCGCUCUGCUCUCGUAAUCCUGCUGCUCAACAGCUUCUGUGUCUUCUCUCAAAUUUCACAUGAAAUUACCUAUGUCGUGGCCUGCUCUGAUGAUGGGAGAACUGAGGCACAGUUGGAAUUUGAUGCUGAGGAGCUUUUGUAUACAGAUUUCGAGAGACACGAAGUUGUAUACACGGUGCCCCGGUAUUUUAUAUUUAACCCAAGUGAAACAUUUCAGGAUUUGAAUGUAUAUAACAAUGCACUCAAAGCCAAGAGAGCAUGUCCAGCACUUCUGUCAUACUGGACAGUAGAGGAGAAAAAUCCACCUGAAGUUAAAGACCCCCCUGAGAGCAUGCUUUACCCUGCAGAUGAAGUCGAGCUGGGAGUUGAAAACAGUCUGAUCUGCUUUGUGAAUUACUUUUAUCCACCUUCCAUCAAUGUCAGCUGGACCAAAAAUGGCCAUCCAGUGUCUGAGGGGGUGUCGCUCAGUCGGUAUUUUCCCAAUAAAGAUCAAACCUUCCACCAGUUCUCAACUCUGGUGUUCACCCCGAGCGAGGGCGACAUUUACAGCUGCACCGUGGCGCACUCGGCACUGGAGACACCCCAAACAAGAAUCUGGGAAACAGAAAUAAUGAAAAGCCAUGAAAGUCCUGGACUGGAUGUUUUCUGUGCAGUGGGCCUGACUCUGGGUCUGCUGGGAGUCGUAACGGGAACAUUUUUAAUUGUCAAAGGACUUGAAAACAAAAAAAUGUCUCAAUCUUAGAGAGAUUAUAUGCAUGAAAAUCACAUAAAUAAACACAACAAAACUGGGGCACAAAGUCAUGGAUCACUCAAUAAAGAAUUCAACAUUUAGGUCAGUCUAAAGGUUAAAAAUGAACUGUAAUGAAACAGUAUGCACUAAUUGCAUCCAAUCUUUAUUGUGAGAAAUGUUUCAGAUUCACACAGGAAAUUCAAAAGGCCAUUUGACUUUUUGUUUCCUUAUUUAAAUUACUUUACUGCUGUUUGCUUGGGCUGUUGCAGCACUUUUAGCUAACAUGUAGUCAUUAUCUGCAGUAGUAGUAGCAGUGUAGUGGUUUGAACUUUCCCCUAACAGGCAGAAGAUCUCUGGUUUGAUCCUGGCAGGAGACACAAAUCCCUUGGGGGUUGUGUCAGGAAGGGCAGAAACGUUUGCCAAGUAAGAGAUAUGGAGCUACUGGCUAUGCUUGAGACACGAAAGCAGUGAGAAGUGGCUUGUUAUUAUGAAUUUUAAAUAAAAUGUGCUAAAACAGAGUCUCUAGGAGGCAGCAGUAAAAUGUAACAAGGUUUUCUCGAGUAGUGAAGACUGGAUUUAAAUUUUUUGCAUUAUAUGCACAAUAAAUAUAGUUUGCCAUACCUGGGCAAUGAAGCUCAUUUUUGUCUGUGACUAAACACCAACUGUAUUGUUUAUAUAACUUUGGUUGUUAUU